AGGCAGCAAGUGCUUGGAAGGUCCCCUUCUCAGACACACCAUGGCUGCACGGACUGUCCCCCAUGCUUACCCCAUGAGUUCGGAGUACGAGUUUGCCAACCCUAGCAAGAUCUACGACCAGAACUUUGGAGAAGGUGUGUCCCCAUGUGAGAUUUUAGCCCCUGCCCUGUACCAUGGCUACUACAUCAGGCCUCGGAUCAAUAAGCAACUGGAUCGAGGCACCUCUGAGAUCAGCCUCAAUGAGCACAAAUUCCAGGUAUUCCUAGAUGUCUGUCACUUCCUGCCGGAUGAGCUCACUGUCCGCACCGUAGACAACCUGCUGGAGGUGAUGGGGCAGCACCCACAGAAGGCUGACCGCCAUGGCUUCAUCUCCCGAGAGUUCACCAGGACCUACAUCCUUCCUCUGGAUGUCGACCCCUUGCUGGUGAGAGCCACAUUGUCCCAUGAUGGCAUCUUAAGCAUUGUGGCUCCCCGGACAGGGAAGGAGGUGAAGGCCAGAGUCAACGAGGUGAAGAUAACGCAACAGGAGCAGCCAGUGGGGAAAGAAGAACAGUCAGAGGAAGGAAAAGGGAAGGAAGAGUCUUAAAGGCCCCAGAUCUGGGCUUGAGCGGGGGGGGGCAGGGAUGAGGAAUUCAUGGUGCCAGACCCCU